AUGCCUGGUCUUAUUGCACAGCCCGAGUCUGACUUCUAUAACAUCACGGUGAAGAAGCUUCACCCGACUUUUGCGGCACAGAUUAGCGGCGUAGAUUUCUCACAGCCCCUGUCGGAGGAGACCUUCAUAUAUCCAGUGCAGUACGGGGUGGUGGUCUUCCGUGGCACCAAUCUGACCGACGAGGCACACCUGGACUUCACUCGGCGUUUCAGGGAGCUCGACGACGUCAAACCGUACAUCUCGGCCGGGCGCAAGAACAGAUUGCGCUACGACGAGCAGUUUGAACGUCAGCAACGUCGAUGUCGAUGGCACCAUCCUCGAUUCAGAGAGCCCAUGAGGCCAAGCCGACAAGGUCCUUGGAAGACUCUCCCUCGAUGGUCCAACAGCUUCCAACUCAUCACUUUUUUCAACAACUUUCGUCUAACACCAACUCAGGGUAACGACCUGUUCCAGGUCAACUCGAGCUUCAACCCUCGACGGGCAGGGUACUCGCUGCUCCUGAUGCACGAGCUGCCACCUCCAGGUGACGUGAAGGAGACGCUGGCGCGCAACAACUACGUGGCGGCGCACUCGACGCACCACUCACGCAAGCUGGCAGCGCCCGAGUUCUUCAAAGAUCUCGACCCGCUCGACUACCCGAUGGGGCGGCCCUACCUGGUGCAGCGGCACGAGAGCUCGGGCCGCAUGAACCUGGACAUUGCGUCGCACGUGCACCACCUGGAACGCGAAGGGCGGGAAGGGCUACUGCCCGCGGACGAGGCCGAGUCGGCGCGCGCCCUGUUCGACCGCCUGUACGCCGACGCCACCCAGCUGCAGUACACGGUCGAGAUCGAGUGGCAGCACCCCGCCGACCUGGUCGUCUGGGACAACACCUGCACCAUGCACCGUGCCGUGGGGGGACCGUUCCUGCGCAAGUACCGCCGCGACAGCAGCGCCCAAGCCUGGAGCCUCAACGAGCAUACGGAUGUCCGAGUCGGGUUGCCGUGA